AUGGACUUUCCAUCUCUAUUUCGUCUCCUCUCCCUCUUUUCGUCUCUAUCAUCACAUCUUUUCUUUUCUCUCUUCUCUCUCUCACGACAACAUGCGCACCACAAGCUCCCACGUUCCAAACAUAAUGAUCAGGUUGGGCACAGUUCGAAGCAAAUGCGGCGUCAAGCCGCCGUACAUGCUGGCCAAGCCUUCCUCGCGCGCCACGAGGCGGAAACACUGCACGAGCCCCGUGUACUUGGGCCGCCCCGUUUCGGCCAAGGGCGCCUGCCGCAAGCGCGUGCGCACCACCUCGUGCGGGUAGGUGAUGAGCGAGGCCACGAACUUGGCGGCGCCCGCGGCGCCCGACCGCGCGCACCACUCGAGCACAUGGUCGCGCGUGGUUUUCUCGUUUUCGCCCCGCGCCUGGCGCGACACAAACGCCUUCAUCUGCUCGUACAAGACCCACUGCAACGUCAGCUCCGCGCCGCCCAAGUACGACGCGCUCAAACCUUUGUACAAGCUGAAAAAACCUUCGCGCCGCACAACGUGCACAAGACACUCCCACAGGCUGCGGUAGUGGCGGCCCUUGGACUUGUCCAACUGGAGGCGGGUCUUGACCAACCAGAUUGGGUUUGUGGCCGUCGACGUGACAAAGCCCGCGCACACGCCGGCCGCCAAGUGGAUCCACGUCGCCUCGGCGCCGCCGUUGAACCGCGCCAGAAGCAUCUCCUUGCUGGCGCCAUAAGUGAAGAAGUUGAUGGACCGCGCCGGGAUCACGCCCACCAAGUUGGGGCCCAUGCCGCGGAAAAGCGCGCGGGCGCCCUCGCUGCGGUAGAUGGUGCGGAGCGCGCCGCCCGUCUCGCUCAAAUGCUGUGCCGCCAGCACAAACGGGUUGCUCGACUUGGGCGUGCGGUUGUACGCGCCGUGGUAGGCGUCCGACUGCAACCGUGUCUUGACCACGUCGAGCGGGCACGUGACAAUCGCCCCCAUCAUGCCGCCCACGCCUCCAGCGACAAAGUGGACCCAUUUGGGCGGCGGCGGCCUUGUGGCGCUUUCCAUAGGCUCCGGGGCGCGUGUGGUGCUGGACUUUUCGUCCGAGACGAGAAACGCAUACAGCUGCUCGGCGUCGCGCUCGAUGGCCCGGACUCGGUCGAUGCGGGCCUCCGAUGCGCCGUUUUUAUCUAG